UAAGAAUUGACAUAAUUAUAUUAUUUUAUAAAAUGAAUAAUAAAAACAAACAAGCAAAAUGACUUAAAUCUGAUCAUGUGAAUAAUAUUUUAGAAGAUAAAUGGAAAACAAAAGAAAUAUAAAAUACACUUAUUCAUUGCACACAAGCCCAAUCUCACUGGACAGGCCCAAAAAGGUAGCAACCUUAAACCCUUGUAGUGUUGGACUGAACCCCAUUCUUUCACCUGAGUCUCUCCGGCUACAUAGUGGGCCAGCUCUAUUUCUCCGGGAGAAAGGCGAAUCCAUGUCGAAGUGGUGGCGUUCGGUGGCUGCAGCCGGGCACGGCUUAAGAAACGCGACGGAGGCGGCGAGCCGACGGUCGUAUUUCACCAUUCAGGCUAUCCCAAGAGAGGCAACAGGGAGCGGAGUUUCCUCUAGGGACCGAGCACAGGGCCGGAUCCCCGCCGUCGUCUUCUCGCAGAAUUACGUCCUAACAAACCCUAACGACACGAAAUCAAUCGCCGCGACGGCCGCCGUCUCCCGGAAACGCCUUCUUACAACCGAGAGAAAGCAGAUCAAGACCAUCAUUGAUUCCAUCGAACUCCCGUUCUUUUGCUCCACGACAUUUCCGUUGCAGAUCCGGGCCGGGUCGGGCUCAUCAUGUUUGCUAGAAUCCGGGAGAGUACUUCCCAUCAAGAUUCACACACACAAAGAGACUGGGAAGAUACUGAAUUUGGUCUUUGUGUGGGCUGAAGAUGGAUCCAAAUUGAAGGUGGAUAUCCCUGUUGUUUUAAAAGGAGAAGACAUCUGCCCUGGUGUGAAGAAAGGUGGUCAUCUAAACAAGGCGAGAAAAAGUUUGAGGUUCUUAUGCCCGGCAGAGAAAAUUCCUCAAAAGAUAGAGGUGGAUGUGAGCAAUCUUGAUAUUGGCGACAAAGUACUGAUGCAAGACAUCAGUAUUGACCCAGAUUUGGAGCUUCUGAGCACAUACCCUGAGAUGCCUGUAUGUAACAUUCGAGCUACUUAUUCUGACAAAAAGUCCAAAACUGCCCCCGUUGUAUGAUCUCCUGAAACAGCAGUUGCAGCGUCUAGGUAAUCUUUCAAAAAAGCUGCUCUAUCUUUUACAAUACCAUCAAGAUCCUGUUGGAGCCUUUAUGCAGCAGUGAUGCUUAGGCAAGGUCUCGUCCACCGCACGGCGCUCUUUACCGUUUAGUAGUAUUACACGUCGUGCUUCGCACAAGUUUGGAUUAUUUGUGGGUGUUGUUUGUACUUUUGAAGUAUGGGGUAAAAUGAUUUGCUUGAGUUAUAGUUUGAAGAUGUCUGUUAAGUAUUAUAAGUGAAACAUUUAGGAUGAGGGCGCAAAUAUGUGUUUUUUGAAAAGGUUUCAAAUAAGGUGGAAUAAGAUAAGGUGAUGAGA